CAAGGAAGGAGUUUGCGAUCGAUUGAACCAUUACCAAAAGAAUGAAAAAGCCGUAAGAUUGCGUGUAAUUAUGUCUAUAUAAACUUCACGGCGUAGCUUCGAUUCUUUAGUUGUGUAAUGUGACACAGCUUUCACCACGAGAUCCCACUUUUGUCCUCUACUACCUUUCAUUGUUUGUGAUUCUACUAUGGCAUUAUCGGUUGCCUCAUCCUACAAAAAGCUACGAAUACUUCUUGAUUCUACGACGAAUGAUGCUUUGCCCGCAGCGAAUGCCAUCGCACAAGCCACUGAGUCCCUUACUACAAACCUACCAGCGAUAGGGCUCGGAGAAGAAGCUACGGCGGCACAUCUUCUGUCUGAUAUAACCCUCGGCUUCAAUGGUCCCAAAACUUCAUCCAACUAUUAUGGAUUUGUUACUGGUGGUGUCUUCCCAAUCGCAGAAGUUGCUGACAAUAUUGUCACUGCUUUCGAUCAAAAUGUACAAGUGCAUUUACCAGAUCAAAGUAUCAGCACAACUAUCGAAGACAAGGCCCUGGGAAUGCUUGCCGAGCUUUUGAAUCUGGGUGAGGGCUGGGAAGGCAGAACUUUCACUACUGGAGCUACGGGAUCAAAUACCCUUGGAUUGGCUUGUGGACGGGAAGCUGUGAUUGGUCGACGACUCGAAAAGAAGGCAGAGAGUGGAGGAGUUGGAGAACUGGGGUUGCUUAUGGCCUGUCAUAAAGCUGGAAUAACGGAAGUUCAGGUUCUGACUUCUAUGGCUCAUAGCUCUACAUAUAAAGCUGCCAGUAUUGUUGGUCUUGGCCGAGGUUGUGUGAAGGAUAUUGGUAGCAAUUCAUCAGAACCAUGGAAGAUUGAUCUGGAUGUUUUGGAACACGAAUUGGCUAGAGAGAAAGAUGGAGUGGUUAGUAUCGUGUCAUUGAGUGCUGGAGAGGUCAAUACUGGAAGGUUUGCAACGAAUGGAAGGCACGAGAUGGAAAAGGUUCGUGAACUUUGCGACCGGUAUGGCGCCUGGCUACAUGCUGAUGGAGGUAGGUUAAGAAAUUUUUGCUUUUGCUCGUGGCUAAUACUUUGGCGUUACCAGCUUUCGGACUCUUUGCUCAAAGCCUUCCGGAAACUUCUGAGUUUGCCACUCUGAGGAGUGCAUCGGCGGGUAUUGAGUUGGCUGAUUCUAUCACGGGCGAUUGUCAUAAAAUGCUCAAUGUGGUAUGCUAUAGAAGUCUCAAUGGCUUUUUUUAUCCGUACUUACAAUAUCUGUUUAGCCUUAUGAUUGCGGUUUCUUCUUAAGCAGAUCAGCAACAACUUUGUCAUCCGUAUUUCAAAACCCAAAUGCAGCAUACCUCUCAUCUGGACCAUCGACUAUUCUAUCACCUCUCAAUAUUGGCCUCGAGAAUUCACGCCGAUUCAGAGCUCUUCCAGUCUAUGCCGUGUUAUUGGCUUAUGGGCGUGAGGGUUUAAGUGAGAUGUUUGCUCGUCAAGUUAGAUUAGCGAGGGGCAUUUGUAAGUUCUUGGAUGCACAUGCGGCAUACGAACUCCUCGCGAAAGGCAAGUUGCAGAAUGAAAGUGUGAUUGAGAACACGCACAUCAUUGCCAUAUUCCGAGCAAAGAACGACAGUAUUAACGAUGAACUGGUGAAAAGAAUUAAUGCUACCAGAAAGAUGUAUCUGUCGGGAACGAAAUGGGAAGGGAAACCGGCGUGCAGAAUUGCGGUCAGCACGUGGAAAGUAGAUGUGGAUCGGGAUUUAAAACUCAUCCAAGAUAUCUUAGAAGAAGUCCUCCGGGAUUAACAUUUCUACUUAUUGAAAAGCCUUCCGUGUACUUGACCAAGCUCGUCCUGCAUUAUUAUAUGUCAACGGAGCCCCAAUUCUACUGAUGUGGCUGUAUAUGAUGCCAAUAUCUGUCUGUAGUAAGCUCGCUCGUUAGAAAAAUCUCCCUUCAGCAAACAUUUAAUACUCCCCGGUUCUGCGCGAAACACUAUGAGGUAAUCUUGCAAAUGGUCUCUUAUAACGCAGCUAGAUAAGCAGUGUAGAACGUCAAUCUAUCCUCUUUCAGUGCUGGAUAGGGUGAGAUCAAACCCUUGUUUCUACUCACCUGCGCAACUUUUUCCAAAAUCCUGUACAUAACAUGGCACGCUGGUUACCUAGAUUUCAGCGCAUGAUUUCUAUGGAGAAUGAGAAUUCAAUUUGUUAAACCCUCAAGGUCUUUUCUUC